AUGGGUGGCGUGCAUGAUAAUCAGGGCAAUUAUGUUGAAGCAUUGAAUUAUUAUAAAGAGACACUUGAAAUUCGAUUGAAAUCGUUACCUGAAAAUCAUCCGUCGAUUGCAAGAACAUACAACAACAUAGGCCAUGUGCAUGAUAAUCUACGCAAUUAUAUUGAAGCAUUGAAUUAUUAUAAAAAGACACUUGAAAUUCAAUUGAAAUCGUUACCUGAGAAUCAUCCGGAUAUUGCUGUAGCAUACUGGAGCAUCGGUAACCUUUACCGUGAGGAAGGAUAUCAGAAAGAAGCUCUGGAGGAAUUGGGAAAAGCAUUGCAGGUAGCAUUGAAGUCAUUACCAUCUAACCACCAUCAUGUUAUUGGAAUUCGAAAUUCGAUCAAAUUAGUCGAACAGCAUUCUUGA